AUGAUUGAUUUGAACUUUGCAGUUGUAACAGUGAGUACAACUUGUUAUGAUGAUCCAAUAAACGAUCAUUCAGGACCUGCACUUAUUAAAUAUAUGGCAGAUAAAUCAAAUGAAAAUAUUCAAUGGAUACAUCUAGCAUCUACAGUUGAAACACUGUUGAAAUUAAGUGAUGAAUUACGACCACAUUUAAUAUUGACAACUGGUGGAACAGGAAUUAGUCCGGAUGAUGUCACACCAGAAGCUACACGUGAUAUUAUUACAAAGGAAAUUCCUGGUAUAUCACAAACAAUGAUCGCAAAAUCAUUGGCAAUUACUCCAAUGGCAAUGAUUUCGAGACCCGUAUGUGGUAUUUAUCAACAAACAUUAAUUAUCAAUCUACCCGGUAGUAGUAAAGGAUGUGUAGAAUGUCUAGAUUUUGUUUAUCCAAUUUUAAAACAUGCUAUCGAUUUAAUUCAAAAUAAACGUACUGAAGUGGAUAUUACACAUUCUGCUAUGCAAAUAAAAACGAAUAGAAAACAUCAUUCUUGUGGUGGUGAUCAUCAUCAUCAUCAUCAUCAUGCUGAAACAAGUAAUAAAGGUGAACGAUUACGUCAUUCUCCAUUUCCAAUGAUAUCUGUUGAUGAUGCAAUGAAUAUUAUUUUUGAAUAUGCUAAUAAAAUGCCAAUAAUUGAUAAGCCUCUAACUGAAUGUUUGAAUUACGUAUGUGUUGAAGACAUUUAUGCUAAAGAACCAUUUCCACCUUUUCGAGCAUCUAUUAAAGAUGGUUAUGCUGUUCGUUUAUAUUCUGAUCCAUCUCAUGAAAAAAUCUAUGAAAUUAUUGGACGUUCAGAUGCUGGAGGAGAAAAUACUAACAUUCCACUUAUGGAAGGUCAAUGUGUAGUAAUCAAUACGGGUGCUAAAUUACCUGAUUCUGCUAAUGCUGUUAUUCAAAUUGAAGAUACACAAGUUCAUGAAUAUCAUCCAACAAAAACAGAUGGUUUAGAUGAGAAAAGUAUUCGUAUAACUACCGAAUGUUCAAUGAAUCAAGAUAUUAGAAACAUUGGCGAUGAUGUUCAUAUUGGUGAACUUGUUUUAGAAAAAAAUGUUCGUUUAGGACCUGCUGAAUUAGGUCUACUUGCUACAGUUGGUUUACGAACAGUACGUGUUUAUGAUAAACCACAUGUUGUUGUUCUUUCAACUGGCAAUGAAUUAAUGCCAAUUGAUGCGUCAUCAAGUGAUAAUGGAAAAAUUCGUGAUAGUAAUAAAAUAAUGCUUAUGAGUGCAUUACAAAAUUUAAAUAUACUAAAUGUUAUUGAUGGUGGUACAGCAAAAGAUGAUGAAACAUCCGUUAUUCAAACAUUACAAUCAGCUUUUGAAUUAGCUGAUAUUAUUAUUUCAACAGGUGGUGUUUCUAUGGGUGAUAAAGAUCUUAUUAAAUCAAUAUUAACAAAACAAUUUAAUGCUACAAUUCAUUUUGGUCGUUUACAAAUGAAACCUGGUAAACCAACUACUUUUGCUACAUGUGAAGUUAAUGGAAAGAAAAAAUUAUUCUUUGGUUUACCAGGUAAUCCCGUAUCAGCUUUAGUUACUUAUUGGUUAUUUGUUGUUCCUACACUUAAACAUAUGAUGGGACAUAUACAACCUCAUCAUCCAAUAAUUCGUGUUCAGCUUAAUCAGCCUAUUGAAUAUCUUGAUCCACGACCAGAAUAUAUACGUGUAAUCAUUGAAUGGUCAACAAAAUCUUCAAUUCCAAUAGCUCGUAUUGUUUCACCUGAUAAUCAAUGUAGUUCACGUUUACUUAGUGCUCGACGUUGUACAGGUUUGGCACGUUUACCAAGUAAAACUGAUGUUAAUUCAUCAUUUUUUAAUAUUAAUCGAGAUGAUCUUGGUCAACAAGUUGAUUGUUUGCUACUUCUUGACAUAUAA